GUGACUAUCAACAAGAUUGUUGUGUAUGUUGUAUUAUGUGCUUUUUUCUUUAGAUUCAUCCCAAAAUUAUUUUUUUUUAUCUUCCCCUUUUUUAUCUAUUUUUUUUUUAUUAUUGAAUAAAUGUCCAACAUUUCAGCUGUUCAAUUACCAGAUUCAUCACAAACUUCUAUGUUUGGUGAUAGUAACUGCUCGACUAGCAAUUCAAAUAAUGGUACUGUUUUUUAUUCACCUGAAAAUGAAAAGCAAAACAUGUUGAAACGUCAUGAGAGAAGUGAUGGUUCUGAUGAUCCUGACAGUAACGAAUUAACUCGCAAACUGUCAAAAAUUGGUCAUACCGAUGAUUCGGAAGAAAGUUCAACAACAAGUUUACGGAAAACAGUAAAAACAAAUAGUAAUAACAAUGAUGAAGAUAUUACUGCUGCUAUCGAUCAUGUUUCUUCUAAAUCUGAACCACAAUCAUCAAAGCAAUCAUCCAUUUCUUUUAAACUGGAAGAACCUAACUGGAGUGCCCAUAAAACAGCCUGGGCAUUUUUGCAGUCUUUAAAUCCCAAGUAUAAAUCUAAGUAUUUAGAACGAAGAGAACAUACACAAGGUCGUCCUGGCUAUUUGUUAGGUAGACGAUCUGAUAGUGAUAUUAGGUUUGAUCAGAUUGAAAUUAGCAAAAGACACUGCUUAAUUUAUAUGGAAACUGGUGCCAAUGGAAGAGCCAAAGGAAUUCGAAUUUUUCUUGAAGAUUUAAGUUUCAAUGGUACUUUUGUAAAUGGUGAACUUGUAGGUGUGAAGAAGCGUGUUUUAUUAAGAAAUGGCGAUGAAAUUCAAUUGUAUAAGCGCAAUGCUUAUGCUGAAGAUGAUCUCCGACAAAAGUUUUUCCGUAUUUUGUUUCCAUCACAAUAUGAAGCUAAUACAUGUGAACAUGAAUAUAAAAUUGGUAGAUUAUUAGGACGUGGCAAUUUUGCUGGUGUUUACCAUGCCGUACAUAGACAAACUAAUCAUGUAGUCGCUGUAAAGGUUAUUAAUAAAAGUAGAUUUGCAAAUAAACCCAAGCUGACACAAUCAUUGAUUCAAGAAGUUGGAAUUAUGAUGGCGAUUGAAAAGCAUCCAUUUGUUGUGAGGAUUAAUAAGAUCUUUAAUGAAGUUCAAAGAAUUUUCUUGGUUUUAGAAUAUGUACCUGGUGGAGAACUAUUUCAUUAUAUAAGAAAUAAAAUUCAACUUGAAGAAAAUGAAACACGCUUUAUUUUCUGGCAAUUACUUAUAGCUACAAAAUAUCUUCAUGAAAAUAAUAUUGCUCAUCGUGAUUUGAAGCCAGAAAACAUUCUUAUUGUUGACCAAAAGACACUACAUGUAAAAAUUACUGACUUUGGUUUAGCUAAAACUGAACAAAGAAACCAAUAUUUUGACAGUCAAUGUGGCACUGCUAACUAUGUUGCUCCUGAGGUACUUGUUUCAUCAGAAGAUCGUGCUUAUGAUAAACAAUGUGAUUCAUGGAGUCUUGGCGUAAUUCUCUUUGUAUGCCUUGGUGGAUAUCCUCCUUUUUCAGAAAAAGACAAAAUUCUUAAUGGUGACUUUAACUUUAAUACCCCACAAUGGGAUUUGAUCACAGACGAUGCCAAGGAUCUUAUCCAGGAACAUUUAACAGUUAAUCCUGCUUUAAGAAUCACGGUCACAGAUGCAUUAGAGCACUCAUGGAUGAAAAUGAAUCAUGAAGUGAUGACUAUGAUGCGUAACCGCCUUGGAGAAGAUGUUCUGAAUGCUGUAAAAGAACUAAAUAUUACUGAUAAUUCUUCUUCAACUCAGUUAGCUUUAACUCAAAGCAUCUCUCAAAGUUUACGUUAAUAGAAAAAGAAAAAGAAGAAGAAAAAAGACUCUUUAUUCUUUUGAGUUUAAAUAACUUAUUGCCAUGAAAACAUUAGAAGGAU